AUGCUGUUCGCACAUAAUGUUAGCGCAAACGUCCACAAGCCCCACAUUCGCAUCGCUCACUCGAUCCCUCCGCGCACUCCCUCACGUCGCUCGCUCAAACCCACCGCUCACAAAGAUCCGGCUGGCGCUGAUGAUCGAGGUACCACGCGAGGCGGUUCGGCGGCCGCAGAUGGGCAUGGCGGGUGCUCUCACUACGAUUCUGCCGACGCCUUCCUAGAGGGAUUUUCAAACUGUGCCCCUGACUCGCGUCUCACAGAAUGCAUGUGCAGCACCAACACUCACCGUGC